AUGGAAAAAUUACCUUUAUCCGAAAACGUUCACAAAGCUUUCCAAGGAUUACUCAGGGCAUUCCUCAACAUACCCUGCUCGGGACUGGGGUAGAGUUUACUCGUCAUGCGCAGAAACGCAUUUUUCACAUUAUACGUGAAAUUCUACCUCAGUUUUGUAAGACUCGUAGGUUACCGCUAUACAACGAUACGAACUUUAUCUUUCAUAAUAUUGUCAUCAAUAUCUAAAAUGUCACAAUCUCAUCAUAUUUAUAAAGUUAUAGAAGGUGCCGAUGGAGCCCCAAUUUUUGACACGGCAGAUAUGUCAAAAGUUUUAUUACACGAUAAAAUAACAGGCAAAAUUGAUUUUAUUCAUUUGACUGAGCACAUUAUUGAUAAUGUGCUAAAACCAUACGGAUUCGAGAUAUUGUUACCUGAAAAAGAGAUUGCUAUAGCCAAUUCAUCUGACUGUACAGCUAAUUCAGAAGAAACUGAGAACACGAAUCCGAGAAUCUUAAAAGAGAGUAAUGGAAGAACUUUGAAUAAAGAAAUGAAAAACAUGUGGACGGACAAAAGUAGAGCAAUGCUUCUACACUUAUACAAAAAGUACAAAUGUCAAAUGUGAUUUUGAUUCCAAUAUCAUAAAAAAAGAUGAUGUUUGGACUAAAAUUGCUUGUGAUAUGAAAUGUGAAGGCUACAAUUUUGCUGCAAUACAAUGCAAAGAAAAAAUGAAAUAUAUGAAAAAGAAGUACUCCAAAAAAAUAGAUAACAUGGGUCCUAAAAGUACUGGUGCAGCACCGUUAAAAUGUGAUAACUUUGACGAACUUGACGAACUGUUUGGAAAUAAGCCCAAUGUUAUUCCUGUCGCUAUAGCUAGUUCAUCAGGAAAUGGUAAUAAAUUUAAAGUUACGCAGGAGGAAUUCAGUGAUGUAAAAGAUUGUGACAAGAAACAGCGAAAGAGAGCGAGUGCAAUAACUCUUAGCGAUCUGAAAAUAAUACUUGAAGAAAAAGAAGAAGCGAAAAAGGCCAGGCAUGAACAAAGACAAGAACUUUUUCGACAAAGUAUUACUUCUCACGAACGUAUGAUGGAUAAAUUACUGGAUAAGUUUUAAGUUGCGAGAAGAUUGGCUUUUGUUCCGUCUGAUUUAUUAUUGCAAUAUAUAUACAUAUAUAAUAACGAAUUAAUUAUUAGAAUUAGUAUUUAUUGUAAGAUUAUCGAAGUACAUAUUCAAGAAAAAUGAAAUUAAGUAGUAUUAGGAUACCUCUACGUGAUGGUCGAAAUUUUGGAAAACGCAAUCCAGGAAAAGUACAGUCAAUCAGAAUUGUUAAAAUUUAGCGUGUUUGUGUAAUGUGCUAAUCUGAGUAGUCGUAUUAUUUUCCGAGAUUCAGUUUUCUGAAAUUUUGACCGUCAUGGGGAAGCACCCUCAUUAAUUUAACAAGUUUUCUUUAAUUAUAAUUUUUUCUUGAAUAGAGAAAAAAGCUGUGGUAGUUUUUAAUUUUUUAA